AUGUCAGCUCAAGACUACUACAGUGGCGGUGGAGGCAGUGGCGGUGGCUACAACCAGCAACAGCAAGGCUACGGACAACAACAUGGUUAUGGCCAACAGCAAGGUUAUGGUCAACAGCAAGGCGGUUAUCCUCAGCAGCAACAGUACUCGCAGGGCCCCAACCACGGUUCUCAACAGCCCAGCUACGACAAUCGCGACCAGUCAUACGGCCAACAGCAAGGUAGCCAAUACGGCGGAUCCAACGCCUACCCCAACGGCCCAGGCGGACCUGGCGGACCAGGAGGACCUGACGGCGAGCGUGGACUAGGUGCUACACUGGCAGGAGGUGGUGCCGCCGGAUGGGCUGCCCACUCCGCAGGAAGUGGUCUCUUGGGCAGCCUUGCCAGUGCUGCCGCAGGAGCCAUUGGUGCAAACUUCAUCGAGCACAAGUUCAAGAAGCAUAAGAAAGAGAAGAACAAGAAGCAUCACCGAGACGGACGUCCUCGAGCUUACACCGGUGACUCAACCAGCAGCAGUGACUCCGACUCUGGUGAUGACCGACGCCGAAGUGAUGACCGCCGCCGACGUAGGGAUGAGGAUCUCGCCUACGGCAAGUCGCAGUAUGAUAACCAAUCAAGUCAUGGGGGCUCCAGCCAUCAUGGUGGUUCCUAUGGUGGCCAGCAGAACUAUGGUGGCCAACAGGGUUAUGGUGGCCAGGGAUACGGAGGACAGGGCGGAUAUGGUGGUCGAUACUAA